CAGCCUGUUCUGUCAGCCAGCGAUCAGCAUGAAGGUCCUGUCGGCUCUGGUGGUGCUCUCUGCGCUCUGCGCACUCGCCCUGGCCAGCCCGGGAGGCUACGGCGGCUACGGCGGCGGACACAAGGGAGGCUACGGCGGCUACGGCGGCGGACACAAGGGAGGCUACGGCGGCUACGGCGGAGGACACAAGGGAGGCUACGGCGGCGGCUACGGCGGCGGACACAAGGGAGGCUACGGCGGCGGACACAAGGGAGGCUACGGCGGCUACGGCGGCGGACACAAGGGAGGCUACGGCGGCUACGGCGGCGGCUACGGCGGCGGACACAAGGGAGGCUACGGCGGCUACGGCGGCGGCUACGGCGGCGGACACAAGGGAGGCUACGGCGGCUACGGCGGCGGACACAAGGGAGGCUUCGGUGGCUACGGCGGAGGACACAAGGGCGGCUACGGCGGCUACGGCGGAGGACACAAGGGAGGCUACGGCGGCGGCUACGGUGGCUACGGCGGAGGCUACCACUAGCUGGGCUAAUGGGCUCCCUGGCUUGCUGGAUACGUCCCACAGACACCACCAACUGGAGAGUUUUGGCAGAGCCAGUGGUGUCAUGGGACCCAAGUGUGUGUUUUUGGGAGGGCAGAAUGUUCCAAAUGUAAAUUUAUCUGAAUGUGACCUGUUUCUGCAGAGAAUGUUGGGCCCCAGCCUGAAUGGGGGUUUGACCUAUGUCAAUGGCCAUUAUAUUUGUGUUUCCAGACUUCUUUGUAAUAAUAGAUGAAUACAUAUACAU